AUGGGGAUGCACGACGAGCCCUCUACACCACUCCACGAUGUCAAUCCGAGCCGGCAACUCCACUGCCCGACCUCACCGGAGCUCCCAGACCACCACCGUCCGCCCCACCGCCUUGAUUCCCUUCCCCGCUGCCUCCCCGCCGUCGAGAUCGCCACAGACGACUUCGCCGUGGCCUCCUCUUCCUGCUCCGCCGCUCGUCGGAGAUCAUCAUCCGCCGGAGUGCCAUCCUGCCUCGACUCCGGCGAGGAUGCCGCCAAAGAGCACCCCAGCGCAGCUACAGGGGAGGACGACUCCUCCUACCCCGCCCGAUCCAAAACCGACGGUUCAGAUUGCUUGUUGACCGACAGUCAACAAACCCCUUCCCUCCAAUCAGAAUACGCCAUGUCACCGGUCAACCGCCACCUCGGCAAGGUUAGGGAGCCGGCCAUGGGAUGCUUUUCAUGCUGCUGUGUGGCCGAUGACGACGACAUUGGCAGGAGGAAGAAGCAUGACGAUGCCUAUGUUCCUAUCCCUGCUCAAGUUGAUAACUUUGGACCUAGCCGGCCCCCAGCCCCAACCCCUGUCAUCCCCACAGGCAGAGCUCAGCCAAUUGCAGUACCGGCCAUUCAUCUGGAAGAGUUGAAGGAAAUUACAAAGAACUUCAGCAGUGAUGCCCUCAUUGGCGAGGGCUCGUAUGCCAGAGUCUAUUUUGGUGUGCUGAAAGAUGGGACGAAAUCUGCAGUGAAGAAGCUUGACUCCAGCAAACAGCCUGAUCAAGAAUUCCUUGUGCAGGUUUCAGCUGUCUCAAGAUUGAAGCAUGAGAAUGUUGUCCAACUCGUCGGUUACUGCACCGAAGGGAGCACCCGCGUUCUUGCUUAUGAGUAUGCAACAAGGGGAUCAUUGCAUGAUAUCCUCCAUGGUAAAAAGGGUGUCAAGGGAGCCCAGCCAGGGCCAGUCCUAUCAUGGAUGCAGCGAGCGAGGAUUGCCGUAAGUGCGGCUCGUGGGCUCGAAUAUGCCAUGACUGGACAGCUUAGCACGAAGAGUGAUGUUUACAGCUUUGGAGUUGUGCUGCUGGAGCUUUUAACAGGUCGCAAGCCAGUUGACCACACACUGCCCCGUGGCCAGCAGAGUCUUGUGACAUGGGCUACACCGAGGCUUAGUGAAGACAAGGUGAGGCAAUGCGUGGAUCCAAGGCUUGGAGAUGAAUACCCUCCAAAGGCUGUAGCCAAGAUGGCUGCUGUGGCCGCCCUGUGCGUGCAGUAUGAGGGUGAAUUCCGUCCCAACAUGAGCAUCGUCGUCAAGGCCCUGAACCCCUUGCUGCACAGCCGGCCCGGCAACCGCCCCGCUGCCUCGUCGGCCUCCCCCGCUGCUGCAGCAGCAGAGCGAUCUGGACUGUGA